CAGCCGUACCGGGUGCAAUGAGCGCUCCGUGCCGGCCCUGCCAUGGAAGGCUGUGACUCGCCCGUCAUCCCCGGGAAGGACAAUGGGUGCGGCAUCCCUCAGCACCAGCAAUGGACUGAUCUCAGCAGCACCCACCUCCCCGACACGGCUGGCAGCAUGGAGCAGCCCGCGGCGGAGAGCUGCGGCCCCCUGGACAGCCUGAGGGUCCCUUUCCCUGAGCGCGUCCCUGAGAGCAGCUCCGUGGCUGGCCCCGGUGCCGAGCCCGCCAGCAAGGAGGUGAGCUGCGGGCAGUGCGCGGCCUCCUUUGCCGGCCUGCAGAGCUACAUGGAGCACCGCUGCACCAGCGCCCGCCCACCCCCGCCACUGAGGGGGGAGAGCGGGAGCGAGAGCAGCGAGGACGGGGACGAGGAGAGCGAUGUGGAGAACCUGGCCGGCGAGAUUGUCUACCAGCCGGACGGCUCGGCCUACAUCGUGGAGAGCCUCAGCCAGCUGGUGCAGAGUGGGGCCGCCUGCGGCAGCGGGGCUCUCCCCUCGCUGCUCCCGAACUCUCUCUCCAAGCAGGGGGAGCCCUCCGGCGCCGCCCCCGUCUACCCACAGAUCAUCAACACCUUCCACAUAGCCUCAUCCUUCGGGAAGUGGUUUGAGGGCUCAGACCAGACCUUCCCGAAUACCUCAGCCCUGGCGGGCAUCAGCCCCGUCCUGCACAGCUUCCGCGUCUUCGAUGUGCGACACAAAAGCAACAAGGAUUACCUGAACAGCGAUGGUUCUGCCAAAAGCUCCUGCGUAUCCAAAGAUGUUCCCAACAAUGUGGACCUGUCCAAAUUUGAUGGCUUUGUGCUCUACGGGAAGAGGAAGCCCAUCCUGAUGUGUUUCUUGUGCAAGCUCUCCUUUGGGUAUGUCCGCUCGUUCGUGACCCACGCGGUGCACGACCACCGAAUGACUCUGAGUGAGGAGGAGCGGAAAAUUCUUAGCAAUAAGAACAUCUCCGCUAUCAUCCAAGGGAUAGGCAAAGACAAGGAACCUCUCGUCAGCUUUCUGGAACCAAAAAACAAAACCUUUCAGCACCCUCUUGUUUCCACAGCUAACCUCAUAGGCCCUGGACACAGUUUUUAUGGUAAAUUCAGUGGCAUUCGCAUGGAAGGCGAGCAGGCCCUGCAGGCCGGGCCGGCCGGCGGAGCGGAGCCGCCGCCUUCAGGCGUCCUGGCCCCCGGUGCGCUCCUCAACCUGGGUGGGCUGACCAGCUCGGCUCUGAAGACUCCAAUUACCUCAGUCCCCCUGGGCCCGCUGGCUUCCAGUCCCACCAAAUCCUCCGAGGGGAAGGACCCUGGGGUGGCAGAGGGGGAGAAGCAAGAGGGGGGUGACCAGGACAGCCUCUCAGAGAAGGCAGAGCCCAUCGAAGAGGUGGAGGAGGAGGAAGAAGAGGAGGUGGAGGAGGAGGAGGAGGAAGAAGAGGAGGAGGAAGAGGAAGAAGACGAGGAUGAUGAGGGUUGCAAAGGACUGUUUCCAAGUGAGUUGGAGGAUGAACUGGAGGACAGGCCCCAGGAGGACCCUGGGGCUGUGGCAGGUGGCAGCAGCAGCAGCAGCAGCAAAAAGGACCUUGCUCUCUCAAACCAAAGCAUUUCUAACUCUCCCUUAAUGCCUAACGUGCUCCAGACCCUGUCACGGGGCACAGCUUCUACUAGUUCUAAUUCUGCUUCUUCCUUUGUCUUUGAUGGUGCAAACAGGAGGAAUCACUUAAGCUUUAACAAUGAGGGCGGCGGAGCCAAUGUGGCAGAGGGCAGCAGGAGGCUGGACUUUAUCGAUGAAAGUGCCAAUAAAGACAAUGCCACAGCACCAGAACCAAAUGAGAGCACAGAGGGCGAGGACGGGAGCUACAUCUCCCAUCACCAGCAUGCUGGCCCCCUCUGUGAACUUGGGGGUGGGGAGUGCCCCUCGGGGAGCGGCGUGGAGUGCCCAAAGUGUGACACGGUCCUGGGCUCCUCGCGGUCGCUGGGUGGCCACAUGACUAUGAUGCAUUCUCGCAACUCAUGUAAGACACUCAAGUGUCCCAAGUGCAAUUGGCACUACAAGUACCAGCAGACGCUUGAGGCGCACAUGAAGGAGAAACAUCCUGAGCCGGGGGGCUCCUGUGUCUACUGCAAAAGUGGGCAGCCGCACCCACGGCUGGCACGGGGUGAGAGCUACACCUGUGGUUACAAGCCCUUCCGCUGCGAGGUCUGUAACUACUCCACUACUACCAAAGGCAACCUCAGUAUUCAUAUGCAGUCUGACAAGCAUCUCAACAACAUGCAAAACCUGCAGAACGGAGGGGGGGAGCAAGUCUUCAGCCACACUGCUGGGGCGGCAGCAGCGGCUGCAGCAGCCGCGGCCGCUGCGGCCGCAAACAUUGGCAGCACCUGUGGGGCCCCCUCCCCCACCAAACCAAAAACCAAACCCACGUGGCGGUGUGAGGUGUGCGACUAUGAGACCAACGUAGCCAGAAACCUUCGUAUUCACAUGACCAGUGAGAAGCACAUGCACAACAUGAUGCUGCUUCAGCAAAACAUGUCCCAGAUCCAACACAACCGGCACCUGGGCCUCGGUAGCCUGCCGUCCCCCGCCGAGGCCGAGCUGUACCAGUACUACCUGGCACAGAACAUGAACCUUCCCAACCUGAAGAUGGAUAGCACUUCCUCAGAUGCGCAGUUCAUGAUGGGUGGAUUCCAGCUUGAUCCCACCAAUCCCAUGGCAGCAAUGGCUCCAUCUCUAGUGGGUGGAGAGAUCCCCCUGGACAUGCGGUUAGGCGGUGGACAGCUGGUGUCUGAGGAGCUAAUGAACUUGGGUGAGAGUUUCACGCAGACAAAUGACCCAUCACUGAAGCUCUUCCAGUGUGCUGUGUGCAACAAGUUCACUACAGAUAAUUUGGACAUGCUGGGCCUCCACAUGAACGUGGAGCGCAGCCUCCCUGAAGAUGAAUGGAAGGCAGUGAUGGGAGAUUCAUACCAGUGCAAGCUGUGCCGCUACAACACACAGCUCAAGGCAAACUUCCAGCUCCACUGUAAGACGGACAAGCAUGUACAGAAAUACCAGCUGGUAGCACACAUCAAGGAGGGUGGGAAGGCCAACGAGUGGAGGCUGAAGUGUGUGGCCAUUGGGAAUCCGGUGCAUCUGAAAUGCAAUGCUUGCGACUACUACACCAACAGUCUAGAGAAGCUGCGUCUUCACACAGUGAACUCGAGGCAUGAGGCCAGCUUGAAGCUCUAUAAGCACCUUCAGCAUCACGAGAGCGGGGUUGAGGGUGAAAGCUGCUAUUACCACUGUGUGCUCUGUAACUACUCCACCAAGGCCAAGCUGAACCUCAUCCAGCACGUGCGCUCCAUGAAACACCAGCGCAGUGAGAGCCUCCGCAAGCUGCAGCGCCUCCAGAAGGGUCUCCCUGAAGAAGAGGAGGACCUGGGACAGAUCUUCACCAUCCGCAAGUGUCCGGCUGCCGAUGCGGAAGAAGCCACUGAAGAUGCAGAAGGGUCCAAUGAAACAGCUGUUGAUGCUGAAGAACCUGCCAAGGAGCAAGAGAGUGCAGGGGACAAGGACCAGAGCAAAUGGACAGCACCAGCCAGCCAGGCAGAGAAGGAGCUGAUGGAGCCUCCAGCAUCCUCUAAACGAGUACCGUUUUCCAGCAGCUCUGAGUCGCCUCUCUCCUUUAAAUGGUCAAAAACUUCAGAAGAGACCAAAUCGGAGCAGAUGUACCAGUGUCCAUACUGCAAGUACAGUAACACAGACGUGAAUCGGCUGCGGGUGCACGCCAUGACCCAGCACUCGGUGCAGCCCAUGCUCCGCUGCCCGCUCUGCCAGGACAUGCUCAACAACAAGAUCCACCUGCAGCUGCACCUCACUCACCUGCACAGUGUGUCCCCUGACUGCGUUGAGAAGCUCAUCAUGACGGUGACAACACCAGAGGUGAUGAUGCCCAGCAGCAUGUUUCUGCCAGCGGCCGCUCCGGAGAAAGAUGCUAGCUCUACCACCGAGGAGCCGGGAAAGCAGCCUGAGCUCUCUGAGGACUCAGGAAAGAGUCUUUUAACAUCGGAAGGUGCAGAGCACAGUGGUGAACCCAAGCCCGCUCCAGCUGAUCAGAGCUCUACCAGGGAGGACUCCGGUUUCCUCUGCUGGAAGAAGGGAUGCAACCAAGUGUUCAAAAGCUCAGCAGCCCUGCAGACACAUUUCAACGAAGUUCAUGCCAAGCGCCCUCAGCUGCCAGUGUCUGAUCGCCAUGUCUACAAGUACCGCUGUAACCAGUGCAGCUUGGCAUUCAAAACCAUCGAGAAGCUGCAGCUCCAUUCCCAAUACCAUGUGAUCCGGGCAGCCACCAUGUGCUGCCUCUGCCAGCGCAGCUUCCGAACCUUCCAGGCCUUGAAGAAGCACCUGGAAACCAGCCAUCUGGAGCUGAGUGAGGCCGACAUUCAGCAGCUGUAUGGUGGUCUUUUGGUCAAUGGAGACCUUCUUGCUAUGGGUGAUCCUUCACUUGCAGAAGACCACACUAUUAUAGUUGAGGAAGAUAAGGAGGAAGAGAGCGACUUGGAAGAUAAGCAGAGCCCAACAGGGAGUGAUUCGGGGUCGGUACAAGAGGAUUCUGGCUCUGAACCAAAAAGGGCCUUACCCUUCAGGAAGGGCCCUAACUUCACUAUGGAGAAAUUCCUAGAUCCAUCUCGCCCUUACAAAUGCACAGUCUGCAAGGAGUCUUUCACGCAAAAGAACAUUCUCCUGGUUCAUUACAAUUCAGUUUCUCAUCUGCAUAAACUGAAACGAGCCCUCCAAGAGUCUGCUACUGGGCAACCUGAACCUACCAGUAGCCCCGACAACAAACCCUUUAAGUGUAACACAUGCAACGUGGCCUACAGCCAGAGCUCUACCUUGGAGAUCCACAUGAGGUCUGUCCUACACCAAACCAAGGCUCGCGCGGCCAAGUUAGAGGCAGCUGGGGGCAGCGGCAGUAGUAAUGGAGCUGGCAAUAGCAGCAACAGCAAUCUCUCUUUGGGUUCAUCUACACCAAGCCCAGUGAGCACUAGCAACAGUAAUGCUUUUACAACCACCAACACAAGCAAUUCAGGCACAGCUCCCAUUCCCAGUCUGCUCAAUCAGGUGCCCAGUGACACUGUGGGAAUUCCUCCCAUAGGUAACCCCGUUAGCACUAAUAUCUCCUCCCCUUCUGAGCCCAAAGAGGUAAACCGGAAGAAGCUGGCAGACAUGAUUGCAUCCAGGCAGCAGCAACAGCAGCAACAGCAGCAACAGCAACAGCAACAGCAAGCUCAGACCUUGGCACAGGCACAGGCCCAAGUCCAGGCCCACCUGCAGCAGGAACUGCAGCAACAAGCUGCUCUCCUGCAGUCUCAGAUCUUCAAUCCAGCACUUUUGCCACACUUUCCAAUGACCACUGAGACCCUUCUGCAGCUUCAACAACAGCAGCAUCUUUUGUUUCCUUUCUACAUUCCCAGUGCUGAGUUCCAGCUCAACCCAGAAGUUAGUUUGCCUGUCACCAGUGGUGCACUGACACUGACUGGUACAGGUCCGACUUUGCUGGAGGACCUGAAGGCUCAGGUUCAACUCCCUCAACAGAGCCAUCCACAGCUCCUUCAGCAGCAGCAAGGUCAGCUGUCCUUGUCACAACCUCACUCCGUUCUUAUACAACAGAGUCAGCACCCAGAGAAGAAGAAUAAACCCGUAGUGAAGGACAAGGAAAAAGAAACCCCACGGGAAAGUGCGGAGAGGGGAGACACUAAUGCAGCAUCUAAGGAGUCUCUGCCUGAUAACUUGAAGCCCAAAGACAAGAAGGACUUCGUACCAGGCAGCAGUUCAGAGCCCUCCUUACUGCCACCACGUAUUGCAUCUGAUGCGAGGGGGAAUGCCACAAAAGCCUUGCUGGAAAACUUUGGCUUUGAGCUUGUCAUUCAGUAUAACGAGAACAAGCAGAAGGUGCAGAAGAAAAAUGGAAAGACGGAGCAAGGUGAGAACUUGGAAAAGCUGGAGUGUGAUACAUGUGGAAAAUUCUUUUCAAACAUCCUCAUUCUGAAGAGUCACCAAGAGCAUGUUCACCAACAUUACUUUCCGUUUAAGCAGUUAGAGAAAUUUGCCAAACAGUACCGAGAACACUAUGACAAACUGUACCCACUACGGCCUCAGACCCCAGAGCCACCGCCACCGCCUCCACCACCCCCACCUCCACUCCCUCCAGCACCUCCUCAGCCAGCUUCUACUCCUACCAUUCCUACUUCUGCCCCACCGAUUACCUCUCCUACAAUUGCACCAGCCCAGCCAUCUGUGCCACUCACCCAGCUCUCCAUGCCAAUGGAGCUCCCCAUCUUCUCACCACUGAUGAUGCAAACCAUGCCACUACAAACAUUACCUGCUCAGCUGCCACCCCAGCUUGGUCCUGUAGACCCUCUGCCUACUGACUUGGCCCAGUUAUACCAGCAUCAGCUCAACCCAAGCCUUCUCCAGCAGCAGCAGAACAAGAGGCCACGGACACGGAUCACCGAUGACCAACUCAGAGUCCUUCGGCAAUAUUUUGAUAUUAACAAUUCCCCGAGUGAGGAACAGAUCAAAGAGAUGGCAGACAAGUCUGGAUUGCCCCAGAAGGUGAUCAAGCACUGGUUCAGAAAUACUCUUUUCAAAGAACGCCAGCGCAACAAGGAUUCCCCAUACAAUUUCAGUAAUCCCCCCAUUACUAGCCUGGAAGAGCUGAAGAUAGACUCACGGCCUCCUUCUCCAGAACCUCAAAAGCAAGAGUACUGGGGAAGCAAACGGUCCUCCCGGACACGCUUUACUGACUACCAACUCAGAGUCCUGCAAGACUUCUUCGAUGCCAAUGCUUAUCCAAAGGAUGAUGAAUUUGAGCAGCUGUCUAACUUGCUGAACCUCCCAACACGCGUCAUAGUGGUGUGGUUUCAGAAUGCCCGUCAGAAAGCUAGAAAAAACUACGAGAAUCAGGGAGAAGGCAAAGAUGGGGAACGGCGGGAGCUUACAAAUGACAGAUACAUUAGAACAAGCAACUUGAAUUACCAGUGCAAAAAGUGCAGCCUAGUCUUUCAGCGCAUUUUCGAUCUCAUUAAACACCAGAAAAAGCUUUGUUACAAAGAUGAGGAUGAGGAUGGACAGGAUGAUAGCCAGAAUGAAGACUCUAUGGAUGCAAUGGAGCUUCUGACUCCAACCAGUUCCUCCUGCAGCACACCAAUGCCCUCACAAGCUUAUAGCACGCCUACAUCUUCAGCUAAUGCAACCUCCUCAGCUUUUAUGCAGCUCACAGCAGAGGCAGAUGAUUCCUCCACCUAUAGUUCUAAAGUAGAAGCUACAGAUGAGAAACCAAAGCAGUCUGAACCUCCAAGUACACAGCAAAACCAAACUCAAGAGAAGCAAGUGCAACCAAAGCAAGAGUCUCAGCAGCAACUGGACCAAGGAGAACAGAAGACAAGUUCAGCACACCAAAAGAUUUCACAGUUAUCCUCCCCCUCUUCACUGCAACAGCCACCUCCACCUCCUCAGCCCCCUCAGUGUUCCUUAUCACAGUCAAGCCCAAGUCCAUCUCAACUGCCACAUCUCUCCCUCAAACCCAUUCACACGUCCACCCCUCAACAGCUGGCAAACCUACCUCCGCAGCUAAUCCCAUAUCAGUGCGACCAGUGUAAGCUGGCAUUUCCUUCCUUUGAGCAUUGGCAGGAGCAUCAGCAGCUUCAUUUUCUGAGUGCACAAAACCAGUUUAUCCAUCCUCCAUUCCUGGACAGAACACUGGAUAUGCCCUUCAUGCUUUUUGAUCCCAGUAAUCCACUACUUGCGAGCCAGCUGCUGUCUGGUACGUUACCACAGAUUUCAGCAACUUCAGCUACUUCACCAUCAACACCAACAUCCACAAUGAACACACUGAAGAGAAAGCUGGAGGAGAAGGCCAGUGCGAGCCCUGGAGAAAAUGACAGCGGGACUGGAGGAGAAGAACCACAAAGGGAUAAGCGUCUCAGAACAACGAUUACCCCAGAGCAGCUGGAAAUUCUUUAUCAGAAAUAUUUGCUCGACUCCAACCCAACACGGAAAAUGUUGGAUCACAUUGCACAUGAAGUGGGCUUGAAGAAACGUGUGGUGCAAGUUUGGUUUCAGAACACCCGUGCACGGGAAAGGAAGGGGCAGUUCAGAGCUGUGGGGCCUGCCCAAGCCCACAGACGGUGUCCAUUCUGCCGAGCUCUCUUUAAAGCAAAGACGGCUCUUGAAGCUCACAUCCGAUCGCGCCACUGGCAUGAGGCCAAGAGAGCUGGAUACAACUUGACGCUGUCUGCUAUGCUCUUAGAUUGCGAUGGGGGACUCCAGAUGAAGGGAGACAUCUUCGAUGGAGCAAGUUUUUCCCACGUGCCACCAACUAGCAGUGAUGGUCAGAGUGUUCCCCUCUCCCCUGUGAACAAGAGCAUGGAACUGUCACCUCGAACACUGCUGAGUCCAUCCUCCAUUAAGGUGGAAGGGAUAGAGGACUUUGAGAGUCCCUCCAUGUCCUCAGUCAACCUGAGCUUUGACCAAACAAAGCUGGACAACGAUGACUGCUCUUCUGUCAACACUGCAAUCACAGACACUACAACAGGAGACGAAGGGAAUGCAGACAAUGAUAGUGCAACAGGGAUCGCAACUGAAACCAAAUCGACAUCAGGACCCAGCGAAGGUCUGACAAAAGCUGCCAUGAUGGCAAUGUCUGAAUACGAAGAUCGGCUGUCUUCUGGCCUGGUCAGCCCAGCUCCCAGCUUUUACAGCAAAGAGUACGAUAAUGAAGGUACUGUGGACUAUAGUGAAACAUCCAGCCUUGCGGAUCCCUGCUCACCCAGUCCUGGUGCAAGUGGUUCAGCCAGCAAAUCUGGGGAGAGCGGGGAUCGGCCCGGACAGAAACGCUUUCGCACUCAGAUGACUAAUCUCCAGCUAAAAGUUCUUAAGUCAUGCUUUAAUGACUACAGGACACCUACCAUGCUGGAGUGUGAGGUCCUGGGCAAUGACAUUGGACUGCCAAAGAGAGUUGUUCAGGUCUGGUUCCAGAAUGCUAGGGCAAAGGAGAAGAAGUCCAAACUCAGCAUGGCCAAGCAUUUUGGUAUAAACCAAACAAGUUAUGAGGGACCCAAAACAGAGUGCACUUUGUGUGGCAUCAAGUACAGCGCUCGACUGUCUGUACGUGACCAUAUCUUCUCUCAACAGCAUAUCUCCAAAGUUAAAGAAACCAUUGGAAGCCAGUUGGAUAAGGAAAAGGAGUAUUUUGACCCAGCUACUGUACGUCAGUUGAUGGCUCAGCAGGAGCUGGACCGGAUCAAAAAAGCCAAUGAGGUUCUUGGUCUGGCAGCUCAACAGCAGGGCAUGUUCGAUAACACCCCUCUGCAAGCUCUUAACCUUCCUGCUGCAUACCCAGCACUACAGGGCAUCCCUCCAGUCUUGCUCCCAGGCCUCAACAGCCCAUCCUUACCAGGCUUCACUCCAUCCAACACAGCUUUAACUUCUCCCAAACCCAACCUGAUGGGCCUGCCCAGCACAAGCGUCCCUUCACCCGGCCUUCCCACCUCUGGAUUACCAAAUAAGCAGCCCCCGGCAGCACUCAGCUCGCCCACCCCAGCGCAGGGCACGGCCAUGGCCCCACAGCAGCAGCUGGCGACGACACCGCAGCCACAGCCGCAGCAGCAGCCCCCGCCGCCACGCAAGGAGAAGGAGGGCGAGAAGGCGAAAGAGAAGGAGAAGGCGCCCAAGGGGAAGGGGGACCCCCUGCCAGGGCCCAAGAAGGAGAAGGGGGAGGUGCCGGCGGGUGCCCUCGCAGCCCCACUGCCCGCCAUGGAGUACGCGGUGGAACCGGCACAGCUCCAGGCACUGCAGGCUGCCCUGAGCUCCGACCCCACCACGCUGCUGACCAGCCAGUUCCUGCCCUACUUCGUCCCUGGAUUCUCCCCCUACUACGCCCCGCAGAUCCCUGGCGCCCUGCAGAGCGGGUACCUGCAGCCCAUGUAUGGGAUGGAGGGGCUCUUCCCCUACAGCCCCGCGCUGUCACAGGCACUGCUGGGGCUGUCCCCUGGCUCCCUGCUGCAGCAGUACCAGCAAUACCAGCAGAGUCUGCAGGAGGCAUUGCAGCAGCAGCAGCGGCAGGCGCAGCAGCAGCAGCAGCAGCAGCAGCAGCAGCAGCAGAAAGCGCAGCAGCCCAAAGGAAGCCAAACCCCCGUCCCUGCGGGGGCCGCCACCCCGGACAAAGACCCUGCCAAAGAACCCCCCAAGCAAGAAGAGCAGAAGAACGCACCCCGCGAGGUGUCCCCCCUCCUGCCCAACCCCCCCGAGGAGCCCGAAGCAGAAGGCAAGGGCGCGGACUCCCUCUGCGACCCCUUCAUCGUCCCGAAGGUGCAGUACAAACUGGUCUGCCGCAAGUGCCAGGCGGGCUUCGGUGACCAGGAGGCGGCCAGCGACCACCUGAAGUCCCUCUGCUUCUUCGGCCAGUCCGUGGCGAACCUGCAGGAGAUGGUGCUUCACGUGCCCACCGGCAGCGGCCAGGGCAGCGGCUCGUACCAGUGCGUGGCGUGCGAGAGCACGGUGUGUGGGGACGAAGCCCUCAGUCAGCAUCUCGAGUCAGCCCCGCACAAACACCGAACAAUCACAAGAGCAGCAAGAAACGCCAAAGAGCACCCCAGUCUAUUACCUCACUCUGCCUGCCCCCCCGACCCCAGCACCGCAUCUACCUCGCAGUCGGCCGCUCACUCAAACGACAGCCCCCCGCCCCCCCGGCCCCCCCCGGCUUCCCCCCACGCCUCCAGAAAGCCCUGGCCCCCGGCCGCCCCCCGCGCCCCGCCGGGGAAGCUGCCGCCACCGCCCUUCCCUCCUCUCUCCUCAUCUUCAACGGUUACCUCAAGUUCAUGCAGCACCUCAGGGGUUCAGCCCUCGAUGCCAACAGACGACUAUUCGGAGGAGUCUGACACGGAUCUUAGCCAAAAGUCAGAUGGACCGGCGAGCCCGGCGGAGGGGCCCCGGGAGCCCGGCUGCCCUAAGGACAGUGGUCUAGCUAGCGUAGGAAUGGACACCUUCAGAUUGUAAGCUUUGAAGAUGAACAAUGAAAAUGAAUUUAAAUAAAAAAAAAGUUAAUAACAAACCAAUUUCAAAAAUAGACUAACUGCAAUUCCAAAGCUUCUAACCAAAAAAAGAAAAAAGAAAAAAAGAAAAAGUGUGGGUUGUUUUCCCAUAUAACGAUGCCGGUGGGUUUUACAUUUCUUUUUUCCUUUCCUUUUAAUAAAAUAAAACUGAAAAAAAAAAAAAAAAAAAAAAAAAAAAAAAAAAAAAGAGAGAGAAAAAAAAAAAGAAAAAGACAAACCUGUUACAUUUGUCCUUUGGAAGGUACUGUUGGUCUGGGAGAUGAGAGCCCGUGCUGCCUCCGUAGUGUCCUCGGAGCGGAAGCCCCUUGUACAUUGCCCCUUCUCAGUAACGCCCCACGUCGAUAGCACAGCAGAGGCCGGCAUGCACUGUAUGGGAAAGCAGCCCACCUUGUUACAGUUUUAAAUUUCUUGCUAUCUUAGCAUUCAGAUACCAAUGGCUUGCUAAAAGAAAAAAGAAAUGUAAUGUCUUUUUAUUCUCAGGUCAAUCGCUCACACUUUGUUCUGUUUUCAGAAUCAUUGUUUUUUAUAUAUAUAUAUAUAUAUAUAUAAAAUUUCUUUUUGUUUGUUUGGGGGUUUUUUGUUUUGUUUUGUUUUUGUUCCAGAAAAGGUUUUUUUUUUCUUUUUUCUUUUUUUUUUCCUUUUAUUUUUUUCGUUAAUUUAAAAUGGGCAGAAAGUAUUCAAGAGAAAAACAAUGUGAACUGCUUUAGCUUUUCGGGGAUUUUAAGGGUAGCUUUUCUGCUGAAGCCAAUUUCAAGGGGAAAAGUUAAGCACUCCCACUUUUCAGAAAAAAAAAAAACCACAAAGAGUGUUGAGGACUCGGAGCUUAAAAAAUAAGUUUUAAAACAACUGACUUUCUGUAUUUAUGAUAGAUAUGACCAUUUUUGGUGUUGAGUAGAUUGUUGCAUUGGAAAUGAACUGAAGCAGUAUGGUAGAUUUAAAAGAAAAAAAAACCCUUUUGUGUACAUUUAGCUUUUGUAUGGUCCAGCUGACGGCUUCUCAUUUGAUGUUGUCUUGUUCAUUCCUAGCCAGAUAGAUUGCAAUCCAUUGACUCGCCCAAGCUUUUCUCCCUUUGUACCUUUAUCCCCACUUCCCCCAUCCUGUAAUCUUCCACUUAUGGUUGCUACCUUCAUUUCUUAGAGGGUGGUUGCAUAAUUAUUUUAUAAAAACUAAAGAAAGAAGUUCAAAGGGUUUUGGGGGUCAGUAGGAUCCCUUGCAGAAUAUUUUUUGUUGGGGGUUUGAAACUUUUUAAGGCGAAUACAUACGAUUUACCUGUGUCUGUUACCCUUGUGCACUUAUCUCUUCCUUAUUUUCCAUUCUUCCUGUUGGGUUUUUGUUUGUGUUGGUUUGUUUUUUGUUUUUUGUUUUUUUUUUUCCUCUUCUUUUCCUCAUUUGUAAAUGCUUCAAAGACUCUGUUCCUGAACUAUACGCAUUUGUUUCUGUUUGUGUAAUUAGGCUGCACUCUGUUCCUCCUUUAAAAAAAAACAACAAGGUUUUGUUACAUUUUUUUUCUCUAAAGAAAAUUCAUGCUUUAAAUAAAAUCCAAAGACAUACCCUUUCACCACUGGUGCAGAAUGAGCAAAAAGGAUUCUUUUUACUUGAGAAUUUGUUUCUGAUUAAACAAACAAGUCUAAGUUUAAAUAAAGAAUAAAAAAAAGUACCCAGGUUGUUAUCUGUGCUUCUUCUGCAAGCAGAGAGACAACUCGCAGCGCACCCAGCAGCCCCGGCCAUGCUGUUGGCCCCGGGGCGGCCGCGGGGCUGCGUGCGGGCGCUGUGCUGGGCCGUCUGCGCUCCGCCACCUCCUGCGGUCCGGACUUGGAAAGAUAAACUCGGUGCUGCCACCACGCAGAGCCUGGAGACAAAGAGAUGCUCACCGUUCCACUUGUGUAGCCAAACAUCAACAGGAAUGAUGUCCUUCCCCCAUGUCCUCUGCCCUGAAAGCGCGAGAGCCUUCUCCCCGCCACCCUCCUCCUCCUCCUGCUUCAAAGGGAACUUGGAUAACUGUGAACGUGGGCUCCUCCGCCACCCCCGGGCUCCCCAGGGCUGAGGCCGUGCGUCGCCGCCACGAGAGCCUGGAGCACCCCGAGAGACGAACGUGGGUUUCAUUUCUUAGCGGGACUCUUUUGUUUUUAUGGAGUUUUGGUUUUAGUUUGACGAAAGACUAGAUCCCGAACUGCUGUACAUAUUUCUAACUAGGCUGAUGCACAGUGCAGAUUCUUUUUUUAAUUGUUUUUUAAGUAGACGAUACUAAAGAGAGUACAUCCGAUGUUCCUACCAGUAUCAGCUGUAGCAUAAGGUGUCAAAACGGAAGUGAGAACACGAAACGCAUUCACUGUUUUAACAAGCCGUUUUCUUUUAACAGAAGUUCUUGUAUUUCUCCCCGUGUUUGAGAUGAACAUUUUUUAAAUUCUAAAGUUGUACAGUUUUGGUUUUCCAUUAUUUGAUCUUGUUUGUAAUUCUAUGAAAUAUAUAUAUAUAUAUUUUUUGCCAUUUAACUGUUGUAUGUUACUCUGUCUGUACCAUAUAGAAAUUUUUUGUUUGUUUUUGAUUCUGUGAUACGAGUUAACAAUUGAACACUAGCUUUAUCUGUCAAGUUCUGCGAGGUCUCUUUGAAACCCAUUGGUUUUUGUUGUUUUUUUUGUUUUGUUUGUUUGUUUUUGUUAUUGUUGUUUUUUUGUUGUUUUUUAUUAAUUGUAUUGCUUGGUCAUAGUGCAAUUUCCCUCUCCCCCUCCCCCCUCCUCCUUCCCGCCCACUAAAAGGUUUUAUAAAUUCAUUUCCUUGUAUUUUUUGUAAAUGUUUCUAGAGACUUUCAGUGCGAGGCUGCCUCCUCCCCUCGCCACAGCAUGGCGGUGGGACCGGACUGCAGCCCCACACAUCGCGGCCCCACACACCGCAGCCACUGCCCAUGGGAUGUGGUGGGGCGGAUGUGUGGUGGGGCCACAUCCAUCUGCCCCCAGCAUACCCUCCAUCCGCCUGGGAGCGGGGAGAGCAAGGGGCGAGGAGAAGAUCUUAAACUUAGCAUUGAGCGGGUUUCUGUUUUAUUUUUAAUAAAAAGCUUUUUUUAAAGUGGUGAAGAUGGCCAAAGUUUCAUACAACUGAGAAUAAAGUAAGGUGAAAGGCACGUGUUGGGGCCACCCGUGCCCACGGGGCAGGUGGGGCGGGAGCAGGCGAGGGAGGCACCGGCACCGCCAGCACACCCGCUGUUCAUGGAAAUAUAUUUUGCUUUAGAAAACAAAAAUUAAACCUUUAAAUAGAAGCAGAAAUGGGGUUGGUUGGUUGGUUGGUUGGUUGGUUGGUUGUUGGCUGGUUGGUCGGUUGGUUGGUUGGUGGUUGGUUGGCUGGCUGGCUGGUUCGUUGGUUGGCUGGUUUGUUGGUUGGUUGGUUGGCACUGAGAUACUGCCCACUGUGAAACACAAAGCUUUGAAUAUUUUAUUUUGGUUUUAUUUUGGGGGGUGAGUUUGGGUAGAACAGAAAGCAUAAAUGAGGUGAAGAGGGGUAUGAACAGCCUUUGCAAUGUACAAAAAAUAGAGCAAGUGAAACCAAAAAUGAUGUUCUUGGUGUUUUUCUAUAAUGUAGUCUUGUUAGCUUUUUUUGUUACUGUAACAAUGCUGAUCUCAAACUGUACCAAAAUUCAUGGAGACGAACAGAAACAGAAACCACAUGGAACUUUCAAAACUUUGAAAAGAUUUGUCACAAAAGACUUUGUUGUCAUAGUUGAGUUGACUGUAGAUGGUAAUUGAAUAUACUCCUUUGGAAAUAUUUCAUCA